AGGUUACUGGAUUAUAAGAUAUUUCUGCUUGGUGCAGAGGACAGGGCAGGCUGUGGCAGUACAGGACAUUUCUAUAUGGUGCUGAGGACAGGACCAUAUUCAUUGAACUGCAUUCCACUAUUCCAGACCGGGAAUUGACUCUGUUCCAGUUCGGGUGUAAACUGUAAUCCAGUCCGGAUUUCCAUGAUCUCCCGUUUAUUCUACACGUGGCGGAUUCUCUGGAGAAAAUAAAACAAGCGGCUCCACUUCCGGUUUCUGUGUGAGCGCCGCUCGUGCUCCCUCAGUAACAGCCGCAGGCCGGGGGCCUCGAGCCGGGAGUUGGGGGGGAGGCUUACACUGAGCUCGAGCCGCCGCUUUGCCAUGUGGUCGUUGGCGCCUCGGUUACUCUGGCUCUGUCCGCUGAUGCGGGCCGGAGACGCGGUGCUAAAUGUGAGGAUGUCCUGGAAGUCGCUGGGAAGCCGGAUCGUGUUGGGCCUUAUGCUGCAAAUCAACAACAGCAACAGCAGCAGCAACAAUAACAAUAACGGUAGCACCCCCGGGCUGGAGGCCGGAGAUAAACCCAUCAAGGAUGUCGAGUACAACAGCAGUGUAUCCGCUGAUGAACAGACCAUGAUGAUUCAGCGGGCUCUCUAUGUGCUGGUCGCUGUCACCGCCUUAGUCAUUGUGUACUUCGUGGUGAGGACCAUCAGGGUGAGAAGGAUUCACAGAAAGAACCGGAAGUAUGGUAUACUGAAUACAAACCUCGAAAACAUGGAAAUGCGGCCUUUAGAUCAGGAAGAUGAUGAUGAGGAUGACACGUUAUUUGAUGUACAUCAGUCAAGAAGGUGAAUGCAGUCAGUCUUGAGGGUGCUCUGCAAGAAAACCAAAGCUAUAAAACAAUAUCAAGAAGCUACAAGCAUCUUGCUAUACCAGAAUGAGUUCUAAGUCUAUGUAUUGUGCUCAAUUGUGUUGAGUUACUGUAAAGUAAUUUUGUAGCUGUACUGUCUUGAAAAAUGCACUAUUUUAAUAAGAUAAAGCUUUUGUUUCUGAUAAUAGAUGUAAAUGAAAAUUAAGAAUGUAUUUUUGUAAUUUCUUGCUAAAACUGAUAAUUAUAUCAUCUUUUCUUAAGGCUAAAAAACCAGAUGAAUUCUUCACAUUUCUUUUAUACAUGUGAACACUAGUCUGAGUUUAGAUGGAAAUAAUCUUGGAGUUAGAAUUUCUGCUUGAAAAAGAAAAUCAGAUCUGUAUUUUCUGAGUUAGACUCCAGCCCCUUUUAAAAUUAGAAUCAGACUCAUAGAAUGAUCAUACUCUAGUCGUGGGAAUUGUGGGGGAAAAAAAUUGGUGACUAGAAGUAAUAACACUUCCUCAGGGCGAUGUAAAUUAUUACUGUGGCUUGUAGCCCUAAUAGAAGGUAUUGGUAUUUUACAGAAAUUUGUUUAAAAUGAUUUUUCUAUAGUGUUAAUAUUGUAGACACUGUGUGUAUUAUAUUAAGAUUAACUAUUAGCAUAUGUUUUGUACAAAAUAAACACAAGUUUACAAACUA